CCCGUGUCAUUUUGUUAUAGAAGGAUCUGCUGCAAUGAGUGACAGUGAAGAUGAUGUGCCUCAGCUCUCCGCGGCGACACUUGCAGCGCUGCAGGAGUUUUACUCCGAGAGUGGAAGGACGGGACCCGAACUGGACUCGACCCAGACAGACAAGUUCUGUGUUGGUGCCGUGGAGGAAGACUGGCGCAUGAGUCAGUUCUGGUACAGUGAAGACACGGCCACACGGUUAGCAGAGGAAGUCCUGCAGCAGGCUGGAGAACAUGGAAGGAUAGCUUGUAUAAGUGCACCAAGUGUGUAUCAAAAGCUGAAACGGUUGGAAUCCAUGAGGUCGGAUAGUGUGUCUGCUGUCUUGCUGGAGUUUGAUCGACGUUUCGCAGCAUAUGGAGAUGAGUUUGUCUUUUAUGAUUACAACAACCCUCUGUUCCUCUCUGAGGAUCUCCUUCCUCAGAGCUUUGACAUUGUCAUCGCAGACCCUCCAUACCUGUCCGAGGAGUGUCUCAGCAAGGUGGCACUCACUGUUAAAUACCUCACUAAGGGCAAAAUCCUGCUCUGCACAGGCACGUGGAAGAGCUAUUAUGGAGGAGCAUGCUGGCAAACUUAUGGAUCUGAAAAUCUGCAGUUUUUUACCGAAACACAAUCACAAUCUGGCUAAUGAGUUCCGCUGCUACGUUAACUAUGAAUCAAGCCUUCUCUCAUGAAAAAGGCUUCCAAUCUGACAACAUUUGAACCUUGUUUUUCCCAUCAACCAUCGGCAGAGGAUUAUUCGGAACAAUAAAUAUUCUCACUCUAAGUGGAAAAUAGCAGGAUCCAGAUAUUACAGCUGAGAAUUUGGCCCUUGAUCAGAGAUUCACAAUCAGUCUUUGAUUAUGCUUUGGCUGGCUUGCAUUGUCCAUUGCAUGCAUCUUUUAAAGUUGCAGUCAUAGAAUUGAAGCAAACCAUUUCAACUUUGUUUCUAAGCAUAAAAGGGGCAUAGAAGUGAAUGUUUGAAAUGCAUUAGUAUGUAAUAUAUCAUGCACUACUAGACUUGU